AUGGCACACACAGGCAUCCCUGAAUAUCCCCCUGGCAUCCUCCUGCCACCCCACAGCAUCCCUGGGCAUUCCCCAGUCAACCAAACCCCCGGGGUGGAUGGGAGCACUGGAACGGUACCCAAAGGGGUCCCCUGGGUUGGCAUCACCCCUGUGCUCCGGGCUGGGGACCACGGUGGGGUGGUCCUGGGGGUCCCCAGGCUGUCUCUGAGGCUCUUUCCCUGCAGUCUGCGCUAUUCCCGGCUCACCAGCGCCUGCUGCCAGGACCUGGCCGCUGUGCUGAGCACCAGCCCGAGCCUGGAGGAGCUGGAUCUGUCCUUCAGCGAUGGGCUGCGGGAUGCGGGUGUGGAGCUGCUGUGCCAGGGGCUGCAGCCCCGUUCCUGCCGCCUGCGGACCCUGCGCCUGGGGAGCUGCCGCCUGACGGGCGCCUGCCGCCGAGCGCUGGCUAUGGGGACCCCCCCGCUCACCUGCCUGGACCUGAGCGACAAUGAACUGGGAGCUGAUGGGGUCCUGGAGCUCUGCCGGUGGCUCCGGAGCCCCUCCUGCCCCCUGCGGACACUGGGGUAAGGGGAUGGGGGUCC